GGAAACAGAUGGAGAGUGGGGAGGAGAGGUUGUUGGCAAUCACCGCCUUGCUGAAAAGUGCAUUUUCAGAGCAGGAUUUAUAGCAUUGACUUGACAUCACCAACAGACUUUAGCCAGAGAGCAAAAUGUUGUAGCCAAAUCUGCAUGGAGGAAGAGCACAGGGUGCAUCCCCCUUUCCCCUCAUCCCCAAAUGUGGGGUGUGGGGCCCUUGGAGGCUUAGCAAGGCUCUGGAAAGGUGUGGCCUGUCCUGUGCCCCCUUCUCCACACACAGGUCCCUAGGCACCAGUCAGCCUACAGGGCUGAGCUCAGCUGUGAAUAGGGGAUAAAGCUGAGGCAGCUUAUUUGCUCCCCAGGAAUGUCUGCACUCAAUGCAUGUGGAAAUCACCCCCAGCAUGGCUGGGGAUGAGGCCGGUCCUGAGGGACAUUGGCAGUCACUCUCCCUUGCUCCAUGGCACUCGCUGGGGCUGGGGUUGGUGUUUCAGGGAGCACUGGACCAUGGCAGGGUCUUUGCCUCAUCCUGCUAGGCAGGAAUUUGCCCUGACAAGCAACAGUGCUGUGUGCAGAGGCCAAGUGCACCCCCAAGCUGCCCCUUUUCCUGUUCUCCACACUGUGUGUGGGGCUUACCCACUCAACGGGGCCCAAGCUCCCCUUGUCCUGUGGUGCUUGUUGCCCGCAUCGCCCCAGCUGUGUGCCCCUGGGUCCUCCAUGCAGCACAACAGGGGCUGAGGGGGCUCUGAGGAUCCCACCUGCUUGCCCAGCACUUUCCGGGGGUACAGGCUGGGCAGCAACUGGCGUCUUUCUGAGAAUGAGACAGGCUCCAACCUUGUCACCUUCUCAGCACUGGGGCUGGUCUCCAGCCUCCCCACAAGCCCCCAGCUAAGCUCUGCCAGGGCUCAGUGCCUUGCUGCAGGCAGCGCUGGGUGGGCAGCAUUGUGCCUGUGCCAUUGUUCUGCUCAGCCUCCCCACAAGCCCUGGGACACAGCGUGUGGCCCUGUGCCAAGGCAUUGCCUGGCCUGGCCCCCUGUCUCCUCCCCAUGCCCAGAAGCACUGGGAAAAGUUCUGCUGUGAAAGCAAAGUCCAGGCUGCUGGGCAAAGGACAGCCGUGGCCAGGCACUGUGGGGCAAUGGCAGCUGUGCUCUGGGCUAGACUGGGCACGGGCUGCCUGUCCCACUGGCUGUGGGGCUGGCAUCUGUCCCUGGGGCUGCCAGCAGUGCGGCUGGCCCAUGCCGGGGCUACAAAGCAGCUGCAGCAGGAAUACGACGCGGUGGUGAUUGGAGCAGGGCACAACGGGCUGGUGGCAGCUGCCUACCUGCAGCGGGCAGGGCUACGCACAGCUGUGCUAGAGAAACGCCAUGUGCUGGGCGGCGCAGCUGUCACGGAGGAGAUUGUGCCAGGCUUCAAGUUCUCCCGGGCAUCCUACCUGCUUAGCCUGCUGCGACCACAGAUCUACACCGAGCUGGAGCUGCAGCGCCAUGGUCUGAGGGUGUUCCUGCGGGACCCCUACUCCUUCACCCCACUGCUGGAGGACAGGAGCUGCCCCCGCUCUCUCCUGCUGGGACAUGACAUGGCCCAGACCCAACAGCAGAUUGCUCAGUUCUCCCAGAAGGAUGCCCAGGCUUACCCUGAGUAUGAGGUGUUCAUGGGGGUCUUGGUGUCAGCCCUUGACCAGCUGCUGGAUGCCCCCCCGGUGGAUACAGCUGCCUUGGGACAGGGCUCCCUGCUGCAGCGACUCAGAGCCCUGCGAGCCCUGCGUCCCCUGUUGCGGGCAGGGCUGACGCUGGGGCGGCAGCUGCCGCGCUAUUAUGAAGUGCUCACAGCCCCCAUCUCCAAGAUCCUGGAUCAGUGGUUUGAGUCAGAGCCCCUGAAGGCAACUCUAGCUACUGAUGCGGUGAUUGGAGCCAUGGUCAGCCCCCACACCCCUGGCAGUGGGUAUGUGCUCUUGCACCAUGUGAUGGGUGAGCUGGAGGGACGGAAGGGGGCCUGGGGCUACGUGGCUGGUGGGAUGGGGGCCCUGUCCCAAGCUAUCGCCCGUGCAGCCACUGCCCAGGGAGCCCACAUCUUUACUGAGAAGGUGGUGUGCCAGGUGCUGCUGGGCAGGAAUGGGCAGGUGCAGGGUGUUGCACUGCAGGAUGGAACGGAGGUGAGGACCAAACUGGUGCUGUCCAAUGCCUCCCCCCAGAUCACCUUUCUGGAGCUCACCCCUCAGGAGCAGCUGCCAAAGGACUUUGUCCAACGGAUCCGGCAGGUUGACACAUGCUCUCCUGUCACCAAGAUCAACGUGGCGGUGGAUCGGCUGCCCAGCUUCCUGGCUGCUCCCAACACCUGUGAUGGCUAACCCCUGCCCCACCACCAGUGCUCCAUCCACCUCAACUGCGAGAGCACCCACCUCCUGCACCAGGCCUUCACCGAGGCCACCCAUGGGCACCCCUCCAGCAGGCCCAUGAUAGAGCUUUGCAUCCCCUCAGCGCUGGAUCCAGGGCUGGCCCCACAGGGCUGCCACGUGGUGUCCCUCUUCACCCAGUACACCCCCUCUGUGCUGGCAGGUGGGCAGCCCUGGGACGAGCAGGCCAGAAAUGCAUAUGCAGACACCGUGUUUGACUGCAUCGAAGCCUAUGCCCCAGGGUUCAAGGCAUCUGUCAUCGGCAGGGACAUCCUGACGCCACCAGACCUGGAGAGGAUCUUUGGGCUGCCCAGCGGGAACAUCUUCCAUGGAGGGAUGUCUCUGGACCAGCUGUACUUUGCCCGACCAGCACCAUCCUACUCAGGCUACCGGUCCCCAGUUCCUGGCUUGUACUUGUGUGGAAGCGGAGCCCACCCUGGAGGAGGAGUGAUGGGAGCAGCAGGACGCAACGCUGCCCAGGUGGCCCUUGAGGACUUCAGGGACCUCUGAUGGCAGUGGUCACACAGACCUCACCUCUACAGGUUUGUGGCUGCAGCAAGUUGUGUUGUCCCCAUGCAGAGCCCUGCCUGUCCCCAGCUUCCUUCCCGGGCACCACAGGGCAGCAGCAUCCCCUGAGAGCUGUGGGUUGUGGGCUGGCACAGUUCCUUGUACUCCCAGCUGCCACUGUUGCCUUUAACACGUGGCUGCUCCCAGCCCAUUUCAGCCCAGCCAUGCCUUGGUGGCUCCUGGGCACUGGGCAGCCAUUGGGAGCCCCACUCAGCCCCUGCCUGCACCUAUUGAAAUAAACCCUGGCCCAGGCUCUGUCUCGA